ACUUUCCCCCUCAUCUGCGCUCUCUCACCUCACUCCAAGACCUUCCUUGUUCCGCCCGUCUCGUCCCCUAACCCUGUGCCUUCCCAUAGUGGGGGCGUGCUACAGAUGUCUGGACUGCAGCUUUUUGCAGUGUGUGUGGGAUUACGCAUCACUUCCCUCCCUUCCCUUCUCUCUACCCCCACCAGGCCUUCCCCAUAGUGGGGCCGCGCUACAGGUGUCAGGAGUGCAGCUGUUGCACUGUAUGUGGGGCCACACAUCAGUUUCUUCCCCUCCCUUCUCUCUACCCCCACCAGGCCUUCCCCAUAGUGGGGGCGCGCUACAGCUGCCUUGA